UUCGUGGAGAGCUUUUGGAGAUUCUCUGGAGCUGAUCUUUAUUUAAUUUACUGAAGGUGGAGGAAGGAAAUUGAAAUUGCCAUGUUGCUUUUGUGUUCAAACUUCUCAAAACUUUCAGAACUGAAGAGGAUACGUUGCCUGUGUAAACAUUAGGGGGAAAGGAACAAUGGCUUUGAUGUCCUCUAUCACAACAUGAAACACGGACAUUUGUCAACAAAAGACUUAGCAGACUUUAUAAGAGAAAGGGCUACAAUAGAGGAAGCAUAUUCAAGGUCAAUGACAAAACUAGCCAAAUCAGCAAGCAAUUACACACAACUUGGGACAUUUGCACCAGUUUGGGAUGUUUUCAAAACCUCAACAGAAAAACUGGCAAGCUGUCACUUGGAUCUUGUGCGGAGAUUACAAGAGCUGAUAAAAGAAGUUCACAAGUAUGGAGAUGAACAAAUCAAAGCUUAUAAAAAGACUAAAGAAGAUGUUUCAGGAACAUUGGAAGCAGUGCAAAACAUUCAAAGUAUCACUCAGGCCUUACAGAAGUCAAAGGAAAACUACAAUGCAAAGUGUGUUGAACAGGAACGUUUGAAAAAGGAAGGAGCAACACAGAGAGACGUUGAUAAGGCAGCAGUUAAAUCAAAAAAAGCUACGGAUACUUAUAAACUAUAUGUGGAGAAAUAUGCUGCAUUUAAAACUGAUUUUGAACAGAAAAUGACAGAAACUGCACAGAAAUUUCAAGACAUUGAAGAAACGCACCUUCUUCGUAUGAAAGAGAUUAUAGAAUCAUUGUCAAAUACUAUAAAAGAAAUUCAUUUACAAAUAGGAGAGGUGCACGAAGAGUUUAUUAAUAACAUGACAAAUACUACAGUUGAAAGUUUAAUACAGAAAUUUGCUGAGUCAAAAGGAACUGGCAAGGAAAGACCUGGCCCUAUUGAAUUUGAAGAGUGUAACACAUCUGGUGCAGUUGAGGGGAUAAAACUACGGAAGAGGAAGCCUUUUGGUUUAUCAGGAAUAAUGAAAAAAGAAAAAGAUGCUGAAUCUGUGGAGUGUCCAGAUGCAGACUCAGUUAAUAUUCCUGAUGUAGAUGAUGAAGGAUACAGCAUUAAACCAGAAGCAACACAGGAUACCAAAGAGAACCACUUCUAUUCAUCCAGUGAUUCUGACUCUGAAGAUGAUGAACCCAGGAGGUUCCAUGUAGAAAUAAAACCUGUCCAGCCAAAUAAUAGCUCUCAAUAUACCAUGCCUUCCUUGGAUGAAUUAAAAGUAUCUAUAGGGAACAUCACUCUUUCUCCAGCAAUAUCUCAGAGACACAGUCCUGCACAAAUGAAUCGAAAUUCAUCCAGUGAAGAGUUAACAAAAUCAAAGCUUUCUGCUCCAACUAAUGAAAGGGGGAACAGUGACCUCCUGGCAUGGGAUCCACUCUUCAACACUUCUCUUGAAUCUUCCUCUUCAGCUUCCUUGGCAUCCUCAUGCUCCUCAGCUACACUAAAAGAGCACAGUAGGAGCUCCUCUUCAUCUACCACUGAUUUGCCUGGGUGUAGAGUAUCUCAGUCUUUGCUUGGACACCAGACAGAUUCUGGGUCUACAAGCCCAUCCUCACCAGACUUUACCAUUAGCACUUUGUGCAAAUCUGGUGUUACAGCAGCACCAUCAGGGAGCACCAGUACUUUAUCCUGUCUUUCACGGUCUCAGAGUCAGUGGAUUUCCUUUGCUGAUGAACUUCUUUCAAUUAGACACACAAGCGCAGACAAGAAGGAGCCCCAAAGAUUGCAUUUUAAAAGUGAAAAUGCCUGCCUUGCCUCUUCUGCUUUGCUUGGGAAUUCUUCCAACAGCUGUGCUUCUGAGGAUCAAAGUGACCUUUUCAAUAAUACUAUAUGCCAUGAACAAUUAUUCAUUGAAGAAACUGGCGCUGCUGCUGAAAUUUCUUCCGCAUCAUCUUCAGCACUACUGGACUAUAGUUUAGUGCCUUCUUGUUCUCAUACAAAUAAGGCAAGGCCCACAACUCCUCUUUCUGUAGGCACCAUUGUACCCCCUCCAAGGCCUGCUUCAAGACCAAAGCUGUCUACUGGGAAACUUAGUGGGAUUACUGAAAUACCUAGGCCAUUCAGCCCUCCACUGACCUCUAACUCAAGUCCACCACCUGCAGCUCCCUUGGCUCGUGCAGAGAGCAUUUCCUCAAUAUCCUCUUCUGCUUCCCUCAGUGCAGCUAACACACCUACAGUUGAGGAUGAUCUUUUGAUUGGAAACCUUCCUACAAUUGAAAAGCUUUGUGAGACACCACCAGGUGUUUCACGUGGUCCCAGCCCUGUCAGCCUUGGAAACCAGGACACCUUGCCUGUUGCAGUAGCUCUUACUGAAUCUGUUAACGCCUACUUUAAAGGAGCAGAUCCCACAAAAUGUAUUGUGAAGAUUACUGGUGAUAUGACAGUAUCAUUCCCAAGUGGGAUUAUUAAAGUCUUCACCAGCAACCCAUCUCCAGCUGUGCUCUGCUUCAGGGUAAAAAACACAAGCAAACUAGAGCAGAUUCUUCCAAAUGCACAACUUGUAUACAGUGAUCAGUCACAAAGUGACUCCAGUACUAAGGAUUUUUGGAUGAACAUGCAAGCUGUAACUGUCUACCUCAAGAAAUUAUCAGAGCAGAAUCCAUCUGCAUCCUAUUACAAUGUGGAUGUUUUAAAGUAUCAGGUAUCUUCAAAUGGCAUCCAGUCCACUCCCUUGAAUCUUGCAACUUACUGGAAAUGUAAUGCUAGCACUACUGAUGUGAGAGUGGAUUAUAAAUACAAUCCAGAGUCUAUGAAUGUGCCUAGUACACUGUCUAAUGUCCAGGUUGUGGUACCAGUAGAUGGAGGAGUAACAAACAUGCAAUCACUUCCACCUGCAAAAUGGAAUGCAGACCAGAUGAAAGCAUAUUGGAAAAUAUCUAGCAUUUCAGAGAAGUCUGAGAACGGAGGUUCCGGAUCCCUCAGGGCAAAAUUUGAACUUUCCGAAGGACCCAGUAAACCAGCAACACUUGCAGUGCAAUUCAUUAGUGAAGGCAGCACGCUUUCAGGGGUAGAUGUAGAGCUCGUAGGCACUGGCUAUCGGCUUUCCCUCCUUAAGAAGAGAUUUGCCACUGGACGAUAUAUGGCAGACUGCUGAUGUACCUGUGAAAGUCAUUGGAUCAAAGGAGUGCAAGAAGCUCACUCUGCCCUCUCUACUUUUCAAACACUAUUUUAACGUGCAUUAAUUUUUUCAAAAUGUUGACCUACUUUGAGGCUGAACUACAGAACAGAUAAUGCACUUUUAAAAGUCAUUUUGCAAACUUUAUUACUUUAUAAUAGCACUGAAGUUAACUUCAACACUGUCUGUAAAUUAUCAACUGCAAUAUUUGGGAAAAUUUGUUGAAAUGUUAGCAAAUUUAUAUAGAUGAAGUCAAAAUAGUAAUCCAUAGAUGUAAUGAAAGUAUUAAAUUGUAUGUUAUACUGUAAACAUUAAACCUAAAAAUGUAGGAGAGCAAGUAAAUAUUUGAGCUUUCCAUAGGUAAUACUCAUUUUUCAGAUUCUUUAAUUGCCAGUUUUUAAAGAAAGCAGAAGCAAAGUCUCAUGUAGUUCUUCCAUCUACUCAUGCCACAAAACCAGAUGAGUUAGAGAUAUAUACAUGUAACUUGAUGCCCAUGUAUCAUAUAUUAUUAACAUGUAAGUUGUUUUAUAUAGGGGGUUUUUUCCCUAAGUGCAAUGCGUUACAAAAUUGCAAGAUAGCAGAGAUUUACUUCUGCAGGUAGUAAAUUUUAUGGGCGUUGUGAUUGUUUGAAUUAAUGCUGUAGAAUUAAUUUAUUUUUAUAUGAAUUGCAUAACAUUUGUGCCUUUAAAAAAAGCCUGUGCCUAUCCAAUUUGUUAUUCACGUGCCUCACUUUUUCAAAGUUUGGCUUUUCAUCGAGAAAGCACGGUGUUUGUAUAAUAUACACAACUUUAUAAAAAUUCCUUUGACCAGGAUUUAUUGAGAAGACAGAUUUGCAAAAACUGGAGAUUGUUUUAAAAGAGGUUUAAAAUACUGGAUUACUUCCUCAUGGGGUAAUUGCAAUAAAUGUGGCUGUAGUAAAGAGAGAUGCAUCAUGCAGGACUUCGAAACUUUGAGAUGCUAACUUUAAUGUCACCAAAGAUGAGAAUCCUGAAAAAUCACCGAAGAUGGUCAAAGCAAACUGUUGAAAGCAAACAAAACAGCAUUUCACUUCACUUUGACUGCACAUCUUUGGACUUUGAGUGCUUUUGGGGUUGCGUGAUGUGAAUGUAAACAUUAGUACUUUGGGAGGAAUAGCGUUUCAGAAGGGUAUUUUAUGGCAGCAGGAUGACAAGUACUGCCAUUUGUAUAGUUUAAAUUUCUUCUAUAACCACAGAUUUUAAUGUUUGUAUUGUCAUCUAAUCUGCUUGCCACAGCCUAAGCAAAGGGAAGUGACACAUUAGUAAUGUUUUUCAAAGCAAGUCACUAAUUUAGAAAAUCUUACAUGUAUUUGUAUUAUCAAGUGUUUUUUCAAUGCCAAAAUCUAAUGUAUUGAGGCAAAAUCAAUAACAUGCAUGUGGGAAUUUUGUAUCACCAUUUUGAAAACCAGUACCUAUUUCAAAUUCUCUAUUAAAACAAUAAAAUGUGCUUGAACUAAUUCAUGCAAAACCAGUAAUGAAUUGGACUGCUGAAGUUUUACAAUGAAUUAAGCUUUGUAGAGGCUACAUAAGUUCUAAUGUAUACUACACACUUUUGCAGAUGAGAGUUCCAAUGUUAGCACUAAGCACAUACUGUACUGUAGAUUUGAUUGGAAGGGUAUAUUUGGCUCUUAACUUGCUAAUCUUAUUGAAUGGUAAAUUUGUAACUCAUAUAAAAUGGUACAGUCUUUUUACUGGAAUCUUAAUUGUAAUCUGCUUUGCAAUCAAACUGUUUAACAUGACUAUUUUAUUAAUGAAAAACCAAAACUGUAUUGCUAUUUUUAAUCAAACAUUACUUUGAUUUCUGAGUUGAAUGAAGUAGUUGUGUUUUGGCACUUUUAAACUAGCCUUCAUUCAGGUGAUUAUACAUACAUUUGCAUUGGGUGCAGGUUACAAUUUUGAAGCCAUACAAGUUUAUAUAGAUGUUUUGUAAAGAAAUUAAAAAAUAAUGUAAAAAGUACAUGUAGCUUAUCUGAUAAAAAAAAAAACUAUGUGGCAAGCUGGUUCUUGCUUGUGUAUACAGCAAUAUCUGUUGUAGCUGCCUCCUCAGAAAAUUAAUUUGUAAACACAACUCUAAAGGAUCUGAAUUUUUAUGAAUUGUUACUACAUCAGACUGUAAAUUAGAGCAUACAAGUUUAUCUUACGAAAAUUGUAAAUACUUCUGAUUUUUCAUAAAAUGUAAAUUUUAAAAAAAAUGCACCCAUAAUAAACAUGUAAUAUAUAAUUUAAAUACUGAUUUAUAUUGUCUAUACUUUCGCAGUUAGUCCC